AUGGUUAAAAAUUCUAUUCCCUCCUCGAUCGCGGGCGGCAAGCGCCCGCGGACCGAAGUCUUCAAACAGGCGUUCGACGCCUUUCAAGCAAAGUACAUAGUCAUUAGCAGUGCAAGCACUGAUAAUGAUCAGAACACUCCACUUGGAAAAAUGUCACCGUUUUUCAUUGAGAAGGCGGUGGCAUCGCUCUCAAAAAAUGUGACUGAAAUUAAGCGCCUCAGAUCAGGCGACUUAUUGCUUAAAUGUACCUCGGAAGCCGACUGUGAGCGAAUUCUGAACACACAGCAGAUGCUCGGAAUCAAAAUAUCAUCAGCCUUGCAUAGGACUCUGAAUACCUCCCGUGGUGUUGUGUCGUUAGCUGAACUCAUUGAUGUUCCGUCAGAAGAGAUUCUUGAAAAUCUGAAAAGCCAAAAGGUGAUCGACGUAAGAAAAAUCAAAAUAAGGAAGAACAAUGAGUACAUAACGACACGCAACACAAUCCUCACAUUUGACUGCCCGACUUUACCAGAAAGGCUCAAGGUAGGGUAUCUGACUGCAGAGGUGCGGCCAUAUAUCCCUAAUCCACUCAGAUGCUUCAAGUGUAACCGCUUUGGCCAUCCUUCCGAUACUUGCAGAGGUUCUGCAUGCUGUGCCCGCUGCAGCAAGCAGGACCACAACUCUAAGGAGUGCAGAGGGCCGGAUCACUGCGUCAACUGCGCAGGUGACCACCCUUCAUACUCUAGGUCUUGUCCAAAGUGGAAGUUUGAGAAAGAGGUGAUGCACAUCAAAGUCACACAGAAACUAAGUUAUCCAGAAGCCAGGAAGAAGGCAUCUCCGUUCCAGUUCCAGAAAUCCUUUUCAUCUGUCGUUAAAGAGAAACCAAAGAUGAUCUCAUGCGCAACACAGACAGAGAAUACAACACAAAGUGAAGAAACAUGUACACCUCUCUCUGAAACACCACCUCCUGUAACUGUAACCACAGCUUCCCAACCCUCUUCAGUGGUGUCACUCUCACAGGCGCCACUUUCGUCAUCGCAAACCGUGGAGGCAAGCUCCAUGGAAUGCGAUGAUGACACGAGCUCGCAAGGCUCGUUCGCGAGCGUGAGCUCACAAUCUCAAAAAAAGCCUAAGAGCAGUAUUUCGGGGAGUGGCUCACUCCCCGAUAUAUCGCCCAAAGAACUCGCGGCUGCGCGGAAAAAAACUCCGAGACAGCCCAUAAUGCCCCCAAAGAAGAAAUAA